UUCUCGGGUCUCUCUCUCUUUUCUUUCAUUGAUCUUCAUCUAUAUCGGUGUUUUAGGUUUUUUUUUUUUUUUUUUUAUCUCUUUGCCUCCUCCUCUUCUUCUCUGCCCCUUUCUCCCUCACAAUCUCACUUUUUCUUUCGUCCAAUUCUAUGCGCUAGUGGUGUGUGAGCGAUGAAUACAGAAUCCAAAGGAAGAGCUUGGUAUGGUAAAAUCUACCGUAAGCUUGAAACCAUUCUUGUGGAGGUUGACAGUUUGGCUGCUCAGGGUAAGGUUUCUUCGAGUUCAAGUGAUCCUCCAGGAUUGGAUGAUGAACCAGAGAAACUUAAAGAGGAUCAUCGUUCGCGUACAGGGCAGGAUGAUUGUGAUCAGAAAGCAACCACUUCCGGUUGCCGCAAAGAUCCAAAGUCUUCUCAAGUUUGUAAUGAUGAUGAUGCUUUUGUAUUUCCUCCUGGGAAUUGUACGGGUGAUUCAAAUCUAGCUGCACCUGCUCAUGACAAAGUGACAAACAUGAAAUCCUUUAGCAGCAACUCUAUGAUGGUUAAUCAAGAUGAGUUCUUCAUUGAAGACUUUGAUGAGGCUCCGUUGGAUACUAUUGAUUUGUACGACAUGACAUUUCGAGAAGACCCUUCAGAUUUUGACGACAAUUUGCUGUAUGCAACUCGUGACAGGAGCAGGCAACUCAGAUCAUUCAAGGGAAAGAUAAUGGAUGCUUUAACUUCGAAAAGAAGAAGAGAGAAGGAGUAUGAGCAGCUUGCAAUAUGGUUCGGAGAUGCAGAAAUGGGUUGUGAUGCGAUGAACGCCAAGAAAAAUGAGACAUCAUCUCUAAACACCAAAAGCUCAGAGUCAAACGUGCCAUUUGCAUCAGAAGAUUCUGAGUGGGAGCUAUUGUAAUGAUAAGAUUGUGAGUGGGAGCUAUACAUGCUUAACUGUUCUAUUUUUGUGAAACUCAUGUGAUGCUUUGAACAAUAUAUAUAUACUAAGAUCCAAUCUGAUUCUUAUAUGGGAAAUCAAAUUCUUGCUC